AUUGUCCGGGACCCCUAGGUACCCCCCCACACACACAUCCCGUUUCCCACUCUAAAAUAGGAAAACGUGUUGGGCUCCCCAGGUGGCUGUCCCUUCCUGCACACACAGCUGCACACCGUGCGCUCCCAGCGAGCUGCCCCUAACGUCACAACACACGGGGGCAUGCCUUGGGCUUUGCACGUAUGGAACUAUAACGCUCAGUCACUUCUGGCGCUGUACAACCGAUGUUGCCGUGUUUGUGUGACUGUGUCGCUAGUUGGAAGGGCUCUGGCUGUGUGUGAAGUUGGUGCUGCUGAGGAGCAGGGAGUGAUGAAGAGUUGGGCACAGGGCUUAGUUCCUCUAUCAGGCAGUGAGACAGAGGAUGACGAUGGUAUGGAUAUCCCACUGGAUCUUUCUUCCACUGCUGGCUCAGGGAAGAGGAGGAGACGUGGAAACUUACCUAAGGAAUCCGUGCAGAUUCUGCGGGACUGGCUCUAUGAACACCGCUAUAAUGCCUAUCCCUCUGAGCAAGAGAAAGCACUGCUGUCCCGUCAGACGCAUCUCUCCACACUACAGGUCUGCAAUUGGUUCAUCAACGCGCGCCGCAGGCUUUUGCCUGAUAUGCUAAGAAAAGACGGGAAGGACCCCAAUCAGUUCACCAUUUCUCGAAAGGGGGCCAAGAUAAGCGACGUGAUCCAGAUGGAUUCCCCGACAGGCACAAAGCCUUACAUUCCCACUAUAGACGAGAACUCCUUUCAUUUCACUUCGUCAGGACCUAAUCAGAGCUCAGGGAAGUUGCUGGCUUCUAAACUGUCUCCUCCACAAUCUCUGCUCGCUCGCCCUUCUGUGAUCUGUCAUACCACUGUAACGUCACUAAGUGAUGCGCCCUUCAAUUUCACCCAUGUGUUAAACGCUGGACAAAUCCCAGACCCGCAGCAGACCGAAGCGAGCAACUUAACAGAAACCUCAAUUCUGUACCAUGAAGACACUAGUAAACUGGGACAAAACACAAAUGCACAAAGUGGACUUUUCAACACUCCGCCCCCAACUCCCCCAGACCAUAACCAGGAUUUCAGUGGCUUUCAGUUAUUGGUAGAUGUUGCUCUCAAACAGGCUGCAGAGAUGGAGCUGCAGGCUAAGCUUGUGGCCUAACUUUGGUUUCUUUUUCCUUUCUCCUAGGAGUUAAAAACUUUCAAAACAUUUCUUUUGGACUGCCCAGGUUGCUAACAGACUCUCUGCAUUAUCUGAAUCUAUAUAUUUGUAUUUUUUCUUUUUUUUUUUUUUUUUUGCACAUGGAACUGUCAAGCGGAACAUUCUUAUCACAAAGAAGUCUUACCUUUUUGAACUUGGACUGCUUUGUGUUCCCCUUCAUAAGAACUGUGACUCAAGCGUUUGACUGUUGAGAGAUUCUCAGUUGCCAUGUUAUGGACAUUGCUUUAUUGCAAAGUGGCCAUUAGCUUAUUCUUGCAGUGAUCUAGAACAGGGAUGUCUAACCUGCAUCCCCUCCAGUUGCUAAACUACAAAUACAAGUUGCCACCUGCGGCUAGGGGGCUGCAAGCAGGUCAUCCUUGUGCUAGAAGUACUCAGGGGCGAGGGAGAUGAUAUAUCAUAUACACACUGCAUUUCAUUCAGAUAAACCUAAAGUUAGAGCUACUGUAGAAACGACAUGCUUCUAUUGUUUCUUGGUAGAUAAAUGUGAGUUGUUUCCCAAGAUUGUGACUUUUUUUGGUACCUUUCAGACUGUGCAAUAUUUAGAAAACAAAUUAGAACUUUUUAUAUCAUUCCAGAGCAGGAAAUAUGCUCUCAUACUGUCUACAACUAGAAUUUUUUUUUUUUUUCCCCCACAAUGUAAUAAAAUGUUUUGUUUAAGGUAAUAUACAAACUGUGUUUUUGUUACCUGGGAAUGGCAUUAGAAUACUAUGUAACUGGAUUCUGUUCCCACCUGGAAUAUUAACUGCUAUGUAAAGAUUUGUUUCCAAGACCUGUAUUAUUUUUGUAUACUUUUGUAAUAUAGAAAAAUAACAAUGG